UCGAUCGCCCCUCUUCACUCGUCAACUUGACACACAGCAUCCUGGAAUGGAUAACUUUAGAGGAUGGACACAUAAAGUACGGUGUCUCGUAGAAUAGUAUCUCGUGACUUCACUAGGAUUAGAAAGCACUGUAAACAUUUACUAGACUUUAUAAGUGCUUUUAAAAAGUUCACUUUUCCUUCUCUCUCAGUCGAGGUGCUCGCUGCGAACGGCUCUAAAAUGCUCCCUUGGAAGAAGAAUAAGUUCGACCUGAUCGAGGAAGACAAACAGUCCAAGCAGAAGGGCUAUGCGGUGAGUCUCACCUACUCGGCUCUCACCUCCUUCGCCAAGUCGUGCCCCGAGAGCGCGCUCAACCGCGUGGGUAACAUGUUCAAGUCCAAGCGGAAAAAGGUCAGGAUCACCAGCGACGACCCCACGUACACGGUGUUUUACCUGGGCAACGCCACCACCAUCCAGUCCAAGGGGGACGGGUGCACGGACGUGGCAGUGAGCAAGAUCUGGGCCAAGAGUGACAUGGGCAAGAACGGCACCAAGAUGCGGCUCACCAUUAGCUCGCAGGGCAUCCGCAUGGUGCACGUGGACGACAAGGCGAAGAGACCGGGACACUUGUACCUGCUGCACCGGAUAACCUACUGUGUAGCGGACCCCAGGCUGCCCAAGGUGUUCGUGUGGAUUUACCGGCAUGAGAUGAAGCAUAAGGCAGUGAUGCUGCGUUGCCACGCCGUGCUCGUGUCCAAGCCGGAGAAGGCGAAAGCUAUGGCUUUGCUGCUCUACCAGACCUCGGUCACGGCUCUGGCGGAGUUCAAGCGCCUCAAGCGGAGGGACGACACCCGGCAUCAGCAGCAGCAGCUUAUCGGGGAGCAAACAAUCCCCCUGGCGCCCCUCAGGAAACUGCUGAACGGCCAAUGCUGCUACAAGCCGCCGGUGGAGCGCAGCCGGAGCGCACCUAAGUUGGGUUCCAUCACGGAGGACUUGCUGGGGGAGGAAGAGGAGGAGAGGGCCAUGCACUUUGAAUGCGAGGACAUUCUGGACACGGAGGAAUGUGUGGCUAAUGGGAAGCACGAGCUCACUCAGAUUAUUAACGAUUUGGGCGAGAUGAGCAUAGGCAACGACGUGCAGACGCUGAAAGCUGACCUCAAAGUCACCAGACUACUAUCGGGAGAGAGCACGGGGAGUGAAUCAUCCAUAGACAGCAGCCAUGAGCUCCAGGCACUCUCCAACGGCUUCGAGCAGAUAAAAGUACAGUGAAUAAUAUUGACAAUAAGCCGUGGUUGUGUGUUGACUCCUCUCCUCCUUGACACAAACACCUGUUGACAGCAUGCAGACUUUCUUAAAUUUGUGCCUCUACAACAACGUAAGGAGGGGUUACACAAAUAUUCACGUGAUUUGGGAGAUAUGUUGAUAUUGAGGAAUUUGUUUGGGGGGUGGGGUGGGGGGUCUAUUUGGGGAAUGUGCCAAAAAGUAGCACGCGCAGGACUAAUUCCCAUCUUUUAUUUAAGAGGAUUUUCCUCAAGACUUGUUUACCCAAGUUUUCCCUUUUGGUGAAAAAUAACAUCAUUUGUUGAAAACGUGCCGACUAGCAUCUAGAAAUAUUCAGUUUAGUCAUUUUUUUCCUUUUAUUAAUUGGUGUGGAACCUGAUAUGGCAUGCCAAGUGCAUUUCCUCCAGCCUGCCAUUGCAACAUUUAACCCACACAUACUCAUAAUAUAUGAUAAUAGGUGGUUGUAUUUUUGUCAGGUUCCCCACCCCUGCCUUAGUGGAUCCAGACCUUUUUUCUUUUGUCUUUUUAGAUGACAACCCCUUCUGUUCUUUAAUUUUGCACUGUUGUCAACUUUACUCAAGUGUCACAUUGACCACAAUUUACAUAUUGUCUGUUUUUGUUAUGUUGUCUAAAACAUAAAUGUCAUAUCUUUGCUGUGCAAAAGAAAAUACAACUUUUAUACAAGA